UACUUCUUAUUUAUUUUGACCCCCUUGUACUUGUAUUGUCUGCGUGUGGCACCGAACGGUGGCCCGCUUUAAAAAUUAACAACGAUUCUCAUUGGCAGACGGUCGCCGUUCACCACUGGAGCAGGCCUUUGCUGCCUAGCUCAGCCACGAUAGGACCAUGGAGAUUGAAAAUAUCGUUGCCAAUACGGUAUAUAUCAAGGCGAGAGAAAGUGGUGGCCAAAAGAAAGGAAAAAGCAAAAAGUGGAAGAAUUAUCUACAGUUCCCUCACUAUACAGAGUGUUUACCGCUGAAGACUGAAAUCGAAGUCACUUAUGCAUUCGUCGUUGAGAAACAACCUAUCGGAAAGUUGCUGUUUCACGAAUUUUGCCAAGCGACAAACUCCCAAUACCAUCAGUGCUGCCAGUUUUUAACAAAGGUGGAAGAAUACGAGACAUCGGACGAUGAUGGGCAGUCAAGAAGGGAUCUUGCUUCGUCAAUCGUUUCUUUGCUACACUCAAAACCUGAAGAUAAUCCAUCUGGCUCACAGGAUGAACAAGAGUUUUGGUGUUCCUUUCUGAGCGAUGAAGUAAUAUCGACGUGCAUUACGACAGCGGAUUCUGCAACUCACGAUGACGAGCCCCGGAGUGAUAUAUUUACGGAGCCGUAUAGACUCACUUGCCAAUAUCUCACCGAUGCUCCUUUCAAGGAAUUUGCCGAGUCUAUGUAUUUUCACAGGUUUUUGCAGUGGAAAUGGCUGGAGAAAAGACCGGUGGAUAAACACACGUUUCGGUUAUAUCGAGUAUUAGGCAAAGGCGGAUUUGGAGAAGUAUGCGCAUGUCAGGUCCGAGCAUCUGGGAAAAUGUAUGCUUUAAAAAAACUAGAAAAGAAGCGAGUCAAGAAGAGGCAUGCUGAAACAUUAAGCUUGAACGAAAAACAAAUUUUGCAAAGGAUUAAUUCUCCAUUCGUGGUAAGUCUGGCAUACGCAUACGAAACGAAAGAUGCAUUGUGUCUUGUGCUAACACUGAUGAAUGGAGGGGAUUUGAAGUUUCAUCUGUACAACUUGAUGCCUGGCGGGUUUGACGAGAAACGAGUUCAAUUCUAUGCGGCUGAAAUAACUCUUGGCCUACAACACCUUCAUAGUGAACGGAUUUUAUAUCGUGAUCUCAAACCAGAAAACAUUUUAUUGGAUGACUUUGGUCACGUACGAAUUUCGGAUCUGGGCCUUGCUGUAGAGAUUAAGGACAAUGAACCAAUCAAGGGACGAGUAGGGACUGUUGGUUAUAUGGCUCCGGAAAUUGUAAAAAACGAACGGUAUUCAUACGGUGUCGAUUGGUGGGGAGUUGGAUGUUUGAUCUACGAAAUGAUCGAAGGAAAAGCUCCAUUCCGGCAACGAAAAGAAAAAGUAAAACGGGAAGAAGUAGAACGGCGAGUUCGGGAGGAUCAAGAAAAGUAUUCCGAGAAGUUCAGCGAAGCUGCUCGAACGCUGUGUCGAGGGUUGCUUCACAAAGAACCGGGGUUCCGUCUUGGUUGUCGACGAGUUGGACGACCGGAAGACGGUGCUGAAGAGAUUCGAGCACAUCCGUUUUUCAACACAGCGGAUACAGUUACUGGUCGAGAACCAGUGCCAUGGAAAAAGAUGGAAGCGGGGAAGGUAACACCUCCGUUUUGUCCUGAUCCACGUGCAGUUUAUGCAAAAGACGUCUUAGACAUUGAGCAAUUCAGCACUGUAAAAGGAGUCCGACUCGAUGCAACCGAUACUCAAUUUUAUGGGAAAUUCAACACUGGAUGUGUUAGUAUUCCCUGGCAAAGCGAGAUGAUCGAAACGGAAUGUUUUGCGGAGUUGAACACGUUUCACGAUGAAGAUGGAAAUGUUAUGUGGAAUUUGAGACCUGAUGGAAUAAAUAUGGAUGAAAGGAGGAAUGGGACCAGUAAACCUGGCUUCUUUUCACGACUUUUUCGCAAGAAGAAUAUCGAAGUCACCAAAUCCCUUCAUGAUCUCUCCCAUCUCGGUGUCGAACAACAACAACCACCCAAAACAUCAACUCAAACUCCUGCUGUUCGAUCAAGCCGCGCCGCUUCUGCAAGUGGGAGAACAUUAGUGAUUUGAUGUGUGUUAUCGGUGCCCAAUUAAUCAUUUUUUGAUCUCUUACAACAAUGCCCCUUACAGCUUCAUAACAUCUGCUCAGUGACCUUUUCUUUUUUUGCCUUUUUCUUGCGCGUUCCAUUCAUAUUACCACUUUUACAACUUAAGUUAAUUCUUUCCCAAAUCGAAAUUUAAAAUUUGUUUAUUAUUAUUUCAAUAAUCAAAAUUUAUUUAUGGUUGUAAUUUUUUGAUCUAUGUAUGUGUAACUUUUUUUGAUAACUUUUGUUUUUUCUUAUCAUUGUACGAGAAUUUAGAAAGACAACGAACUUAUAUCGUUUUUGUUUUUAUUUUUGCGCGGAACUUACCACAUUAAUUUUGCCCCAUUUUCCUUUCCCAUGACAAGCUAUACAUAGAUAGACUGUAUGUUCCUUCUUUUAUUUUCAAAUUAAAAUUUGUUCCAUGUGCUAUCGUUUUUCUUGCUCUUUUUUGAAACUUUUAUUGCCCAUUCUCUCAUUUUCUUCCAACCCCCGUUUCUGCAGUUUUCUUGUAAAAAUGUUGUCAUUUUCUGUUUUUUUUCUAUUUUCCGGUAAGUGUUCAACAACUUAUUUGUUUUCAAUAUUUCUAAUUUUUAAUUCGGUACAGUUCAAAACUGAGUCUACACGUUCCUUCCCCGUCCUCACAAAUGGCAUUUGUAGUUCUCAUUGUUUUAUCAUCUCGGCCCUUCCCCAACAAUCUUUUUCUAGUCAAUGUCUUUCUUACUUUGGAAUAAAUGUUGAAAACGGUAAAUAUU